AUGAGACAAUUAAUUUUAAUUUUCGCCAUAGUGGUAAUAUCACAAGCAAAGCCGGGUUAUGACUAUCCACAACCCCCUCAAAUUGAUGUAAGAUCCCAAUUUCCUCAAGGUUCCCAAAUUAAUGUUGGUAACAAUUUUGGAAGUGCUAUUGGUCCCAUCGGAAACACCUUCCAAGGUGGUAUCGGUGCUGGUAAUGGUCUUGGUUCAGUGGGAAAUACAUUGGUGUCAUUCCAAAACGGUAUUGGUGCUGGUAAUGGUCUUGGCUCUGCCGGAAACUCAUUUGGAUCCUUCCAAAACGGCAUUAGUGCUGGAAAUAGCCUGGGCGCCGUUAGAAACACAUUGGGUUCCUUCCAAAACAGUAUUAAUGCUGUGGGUUCCGGCCCCAUCAUCCACAAGCAUGUCUACGUGCAUGUAGCACCUGAGGAUCCCGAAGAACCCUUCAGAAACGCACCUAUUCCUGUAGCACCAAAGCAAAUCCAUCACAAAAUUCUCUUCAUUAAGGCACCAAGUGAGGCACCAAAAGCACCAAGAAUUGUUGGACAACAGGCCGGCCAACAGGAAGAAAAGACUUUGGUUUACGUUUUGGUAAAGAAACCUGAGGAAUUAGGCGACAUUCAAAUACCACAACCUGCCCCAAUUCAACCUAGCAAGCCUGAAGUAUACUUUAUCAAAUACAAGACCAAUAAGGAGGGUGGUGCUUCAUCUGGUGGUUCCGGUGCUUCUUUGACUGAUGAUUCUAUUACCAUUGAAUCUGGUUUAAGAAACGCUCAAAAUUUGGGACCAAUCGGUAACACUGGUGGUCUGAAUUUGGGUUCCUCAUCUCUUGGGGCCAAUGGUUUAGGUUCUCAAGGUUUAAACUUGAGUCCCUUGGCUGGCGGUUUGGGUUCUUUAUCCCUUGGUAGCCAAGGUUUGGGUUCUCAAGGUUUAAGUUUGGGUUCUUUGCCAGCUGGUAGUGGUUUGAAUUCAGGAGCCUUUAUUAGGCAAUCUGCUCCUCAACCAGUAUAUGGCCCAGCUGCUUAG